AUGACUAUUGGAGAUGUUGAGGACAGAAAAUUCAAGCGCAAGAUGGAGGAGGAGCCACCUACUUUGAAGGAAGAUUUGGAGCAAUUACUGACGCUGAGGCUUGGCAACAACACCACGAAGGAUGAUUCUUCAUCCAACAAGCUCAUUUCCAAACCCUUGAAGGGUUCUGACGACGCAGGUUCUUCACCAAAACCUGCGGAACCAGAACCCUUGAAUGAUAAGGAAGCACAAGAAGAGAAUGACCAACGUCAAUUCUCUUGCAAAUACUGCGACAAGAAGUUCCCAAGCUCUCAAGCCCUUGGUGGACACCAAAACGCUCAUAGACGUGAGAGAAACAUCUCAAAAAUGGAAAAAGAACAAGAUAUGAACACCUUUGGCGGGUUUGCACCUGCAAACCCUAAUCAAUUACCUAAUCAAUUUUAUCCAUAUUCAGGCAUGGCAAAUAAUAAUAUACCCUACCAAGGGUCACACUCACCCUAUUAUCAUGGUGCACCACAAAUGCACCCACACUACCCCAUGGCCCCAUCAGUACCACACAUGCCUAACAACAUAUCUUGGCCUAUUAGACCAGUUGGCUAUGGCAACACUAACCAAGGGCUGCAUCACCAACCCUACGCUCCCCUCAUCCCAACACACCGUUUUGGAAUGACAAGUUCAUGGGGUGAAGGUUCUGCAACAAGUUCACAGAGAUUGAACCAUGUGGGACUUUUCAAUGGGCUCAAUCGCAUUCCUUCACUUGCUGAGAGUGCUGCUGCUGCUGCGGCUAAAAAUUCUCGUGCUCGUGCUCGUGCUCGUGUUCGUGUUGGAGGCCUUCAGGGAAACCCUAGUGUGUCAACUCAGCUUUCAUCCCCUGAGGAAAUCGAUUUGACCCUGAACCUUUGA